AUUGCCCAACUUCCAACUCCUAUUCUUAACAACGGGCUGUUUAUUAACUAUCUGACGCUUCUGGCUAAUUCGCUGCUUCUUAACAACUCGCCAAUCCAAGAGACCACGGCUCUCGAGCUUCCGAAACAGCGAUCGCCCAAAACGAGGCUAAACUACAAUAACACUCAGAAUCUUAACCAAACCGUAAAUCAAAUCAAUAAUCAAAUUGGAAAUAGUGCAAAUUACCAGCAUAAUGAUCACCAGGAUCAAGUUUCAGUCGUCUC